AAGUCCAACAGCAUGAGGUGUUGUUUUAUAUCUGCCAAAUGAGCAUCACAGAUAAUAAAGACGGGAUCAUUUUGGACUGCUUUAGUGAAUUCUAAGACAUUGAAGAAUGGAACACUUCAGAGUUGAAAUGAGUUUACAGAAGAAAAAAAAACAACAUACUAAACUGAAAGAUGGAUACCACAAUGCUGAAUUUGCGGAAUCUGUUUGAGCAGCUUGUACGCCGGGUGGAGAUUCUCAGCGAAGGAAAUGAACUCCAAUUCAUUCAGCUGGCAAAGGACUUUGAGGAUUUCCGUAAAAAGUGGCAGAGAACAGACCACGAACUGGGAAAUUACAAGGAUCUUUUGAUGAAAGCAGAGACUGAGCGUAGUGCUCUGGAUGUUAAGCUGAAGCAUGCGCGUAAUCAGGUGGAUGUCGAGAUCAAACGGAGACAGCGAGCUGAGGCUGACUGCGAAAAACUGGAAAGACAGAUUCAGCUGAUUCGAGAGAUGCUCAUGUGUGACACAUCUGGACUAAACGAGGAGCAAAAAUCAGCUCUGGCUUUUCUCAACAGAGGCCAACCAUCUAGCAGCAAUGCUGGGAACAAAAGGCUAUCAACCAUUGAUGAAUCUGGCUCCAUUUUAUCAGAUAUCAGCUUUGACAAGACUGAUGAAUCACUGGAUUGGGAUUCUUCUUUGGUAAAGACUUUCAAGCUGAAGAAGAGAGAAAAGAGGCGCUCUAGUAGCCGACAGUUCAUUGACGGUCCCCCUGGACCUGUUAAGAAGACUCGUUCCAUUGGUUCCACAGUAGACCAGGGGAAUGACUCCAUUGUUGCGAAAACCACGGUGACUGUGCCCAAUGACGGUGGGCCCAUUGAAGCUGUCUCCACCAUUGAGACUGUGCCUUACUGGACCAGGAGCCGAAGGAAGACAGGUACUUUGCAGCCUUGGAACAGUGACUCCACCUUGAGCAGCAGGCAGGAGCCAAGAACUGAGACGGAUGGUUCUGCCACUCCGCAGAGUAAUGGAGGGAUGCGCCUGCAUGACUUUGUCUCUAAGACGGUUAUUAAACCUGAAUCUUGCGUUCCAUGUGGAAAGAGGAUAAAAUUUGGCAAACCGUCUCUGAAGUGUCGAGACUGUCGUGUGGUUUCUCAUCCAGAAUGCCAGGAUCGCUGUCCCCUUCCCUGCAUUCCUACCCUGAUAGGAACACCUGUCAAGAUAGGAGAGGGAAUGCUGUCAGAUUAUGUGUCCCAGACUUCUCCAAUGAUCCCCUCAAUUGUUGUCCAUUGUGUAAAUGAGAUUCAGCAGAGAGGGCUGACUGAGAUAGGCCUGUAUCGGAUCUCAGGCUGUGAUCGCACAGUGAAAGAGCUGAAAGAAAAAUUGCUCAGAGUUAAAACGGUACCCCUCCUCAGCAAAGUGGAUGACAUCCAUGUUAUCUGCAGCCUACUGAAAGACUUCCUUCGAAACCUCAAAGAACCCCUUCUAACCUUUCGGCUAAACAAGACCUUUAUGGAAGCAGCUGAAAUCACAGAUGAGGACAACAGCAAAGCUGCCAUGUAUCAGGCUGUUGGUGAACUGCCCCAGGCCAACAGAGACACAUUAGCUUUUCUCAUGCUUCACUUGCAGAGAGUGGCUCAGAGCCCAGACACUAAAAUGGAUGUUGCUAAUCUGGCUAAAGUCUUUGGCCCUACAAUAGUUGCCCAUGCUGUGCCCAACCCAGAUCCAGUGAUAAUGUUACAGGACAUCAAACGUCAGCCCAAGGUGGUAGAGCGCCUGCUUUCACUGCCUGUAGAAUACUGGAGUCAGUUCAUGAUGGUGGAACAAGAGAACGUUGACCCCAUGCAUGUCAUUGAAAACUCAAAUGCCUUUUCAACACCACAGACACCAGAUAUUAAAGUGAGUUUACUGGGACCAGUGACCACUCCUGAGCAUCAGCUUCUCAAGACUCCUUCAUCUAGCUCCCUGUCACAGAGAGUUCGCUCCACCCUCACCAGGAACACUCCCAGAUUUGGGAGCAAAAGCAAGUCUGCCACCAACCUGGGACGGCAAGGGAACUUUUUUGCUUCUCCAAUGCUCAAGUGAAGUCACGUCUCCUGUUACUUCCCGGCACUUACUAACUGCAAGGAAGGGCACACCUGUACUCCGCUCUGCUACUUUUAGCAUUCUUCAGGCUUUUAAUCAAGUUAAUUGUGCAUGGGGGUUUUAUUAAAACUAUAUAUAUCUUCCUCUUCUUCGCAAGUAAUAUAAUAUCAACACCUCGUGCUGUCUUUUUUGGAAAAUUUUUGGGUGGCAGAUCUUUACAAGGAUAGAAGGGGAAGUACGAAAUUCAUUGCAGUUCUUUUGGGGGACUCUUGGGAGUUCUGGGGACAUCCUUUGGCUUAAAGCCAAAUCUUCAUGGAAUGACCUUUUUCUAGUGUUACUUAGAGCUAAUUUCUGUGAGACAAUGACAGAAGCCCUGCCUCUUUGGUAAGACUGAUUUGUGUCAGGGUGGAAGGUGGGAGGGCAGGGAAGAGAAAGGUUUGGACAGAGGAUUUAAGAUGGCUCAUUCUGAAAACUUGAAAUUUCCUUUCCCCCAUUAUGAAGUGAAACUUCGACCCUUCAUAAAAUAAGAUAGUGUGAGGGUGGAAGUAGUGAUGGGAGUAUGCUUAGCUUCAAUUUGGAUUGAUUAGUGUUAAUAGUGUUAAGUGGCACAGCCUCCUAAAUGUGAUGCCACAAGUUGUAUUUAUCUUUAAUGGGCUUCUGACUGGACUUUGGGUUUGGUUGGGGUCAAAACCACUUUGUUCUGAAGUUGAAUUCAUUCUGAUGCCUGACCACCAGCCCUUGACCAGUGGAGCCCCACUUACAAAGGUCCGUCUCCCACUAGGCAUCCCAACUAACAUUAAGUGUAGGCUAUAAAGAGAGAUUGUAAUAUUUUGUGUGGCAGGAAAAGUCAUGGUCAUUUUUUCUUUGCACUUCGGAUACUGAAAUCUUCCUGUGGAACCUAACCACAGCAGAUAACUGAGCUUUUCUUCUAUUAAAAGAUUAUUUUCAUUGUCUAUAAGAAUGCUUUCUCCUACAGAAUGCUUCUGAUCCAUAGUGACUCUUGCCUAUAAAAUACAUAUUUGGAAAAAAAUAAAAAAGAAUUUUUUCAAAAUGAA